AAAAACAAUGUCAAAUCCCAUAUUUUUCACCAUCCCACUCAUUGCCAUUCCUAUUCUCUAUUGGGCCUACACUUACCCCAAGAACAAAUACAAGCAAACCAAUCUUGUGCUUUAUGUGCAUGAUAACCACACCGGCGAUGACAAGUCAGCAAUGACAAUCGCAGGAAAAGACGGGCCCACCACUAGCAUUAUGCAUUUCGGGACCCUUUUGGUCCAUGAUGCUUCGGUGACCCUAGGCCCUGAUCCAGGGUCAAAAGAGGUUGGAAGGGCCCAAGGUAUGUACAUCAAUAGCCAACUUGAUGGGAAGGCGUUGUACAUGAUCUUUUCGAUCAUGUUCAGCGAUGGGGAUUAUAAGAAUAGCACUCUAGAGAUUCAGGGAGCCGAUCCUUUUGUGUUGAAGGAAAGGGAGUUUUCGGUUGUCUCGGGGACUGGUUAUUUUCGGUUUGUGAGGGGAUACGGUAUCAUGACUACUGAGUUUCUAGAUAUACAAAAUAAAAGGGCUAUUAUCAAGCUUAAUAUAACAGUGAGACAUUUUUGAAAUGUUUGUUUAAGGAUUUUUGUGUUUUCAUUUUACUUUGAAGUCUUGUAUUUUCAAUUUUGGGCUUCAAUUACGAUUUAGUGGUUUUUUCUUGGGAUUGUACUGUAUUUAUAGAUCUAUUAAGACUAUGAUUCAAAAUCAGAAUGAACCUGAAAUGAAAUAACCUUGUUUUAGGUUUA